GGCGCGUUUACUCAUAGGAUUGUUAGGAACGGUGCGCGUUUCUUCGAAGUUCAUUCUCAAUCUCAAGUAUCAGAUUGUUAAAUUGCUUACUCGAGUUGGCCAACUCGGUUUUUUCAGUCCUAGAUAUUUUAUAAGUUCUGUUAUAUACUUGCGUAUAUAUAAUGCUCGUUUACCACUCACAGCUAUCUCUUCGAAUUGGGUGUAUUGCGGCCAUAAUUUGGGCGAAACGAAGAGCUUUAACUCGUUUUCUCAGGAGGGACUCUCAACCUCUUUCGUACACUGAUGUUGGCGUUUGAAUCUUGACAUCACCUGAAAGUCAAAGUUUCAACGAUAUGGUAAACUGAACCGAAUUGAGUUAGUUUGGCACCUGAUUUGCCAUUCCACUUGAAAGUUAAGUGUUUUCCAGGAUCAAUGUCAGAGAAAAUGAUGACAAUGCUUAAUUCAUUUAACCCGCGUCUGAUAGCUCAGCUACUUCUUAACUUCUCGGAGACUUGUAAUACUGAAGCAACUUAUAUCUUCUGCCAAAAGAUCCAAUGGGCGUUUUCUCGCUGCGAAACUGCAUGCCUCUACCCUUUACUUAUGGGUUUUCUCCUUCUUCUUCCCGAAGAAGCUUCUUCGGUACUUGGGUUCGCGAGAGCAAUUUCGGAACACGUUCAAACAGGCGUCUUGAGAUCAAAGCUUGUAUUCAUCCUUCGGCUGGGGUUCAUUCGCAGAAUGCGGAUGACUCCAGCCGAGGGACGGUGCAAUAUAUUGAAAAUAGACAGGGCGAAUUCCACACUAACCAUUGUUGUUGUGGGGGCUACAGGAACCCUCGCAAAGGAGAAGAUCUUCCCUGCUCUGUUUGCACUCUUUUAUGAAGGCUGUUUGCCUCAGCAUUUCACGAUAUCAGGCUAUGCACGUACUCCAAUGACUGACCAUGAACUAAGAAAUCUAAUUAGUAAAAAUCUUACCUGCAGAGUUGCUGAGAGGGACAACUGUGAUGGCAAGAUGGCUGAGUUCCUAAAAUGUUGUUUCUAUCAUUCAGGUCAGUAUGGUUCUGAGGAGCAUUUUAUGGAAUUGAACAAGAAGCUGGAAGAAAGAGAGGAUGGAAGAAUCUCCAAUAGAUUAUUCUACUUAGCAAUACCAUCAAACCUAUGCGUGGAUGUUGCAAGAUGCACCAAACAUUGUGCUUCUUCCAAAUAUGGGUGGACUAGGCUCAUACUUGAGAAGCCAUUUGGUCAUGAUACAGACUCAUCGAAAAAUCAGACCAUAGCUUUGAAACAAUACCUAACAGAGGACCAAAUAUUCAGGAUUGACCACCACCUUGCUGAGGAGUUAGUGGAAAAUCUCUUGGUACUUCGCUUCUCAAAUCUGGUUUUUGAGCCUUUAUGGUCCAGGAACUACAUCCGCAAUAUUCAGGUAGUUUUUUGUGAAGAUUUCGGCGUGGAGGGACGAAGCAGAAGUAUUGACAACUACGGCAUCAUCCGUAACAUAAUGCAGAGUCAUCUCCUGCAAACCAUUGCACUAUUUGCAAUGGAGACACCCCUCACCUUAGGUUCUGAAGACAUUAGAAAUGAAAAGGUGAAGGCUUUGCGCUCCAUGAGACCCAUCAAGCUUGAAGAUGUGGUAGUUGGUCAAUAUAGGAUUAGUGGCAAUGGUGGUUCACGAUAUCCUGUUUAUAAUGAUGAGCUAACUGUCUUAAAUGGCAAUCUCGCUCCCACCUUCGCAGCUGCAACACUUUUCAUCAACAAUGCACGAUGGGAAGGUGUUCCCAUUCUAUUGGUAGCUGGUAAAGGUCUUCAUUCAAAUCGAGCAGAAAUCCGAGUGCAAUUUAGACAUGUCCCAGGCAACCUAUACAAUCAAAGAUUUGGAGCUGACUUAAAUAAAACAACAAAUGAGCUUGUUCUUCGAGAUAAACCUGAUCAUUCUAUUUAUCUGAAGAUCAACAACAAGGUUCCUGGUCUUGGAAUGAGAUUUGAAUGCAGUGAUCUUCACUUGCUUUACAAUUCCAGGCACUCAAAAGAGAUUCCAGAUGCAUAUGAGAGACUGCUUUUAGAUGCCAUAGAAGGAGAGCAGCGAUUGUUCAUUAGAAGUGAUGAGCUUGAUGCUGCUUGGGCAGUGAUCUCACCUUUAUUGACUGAACUGGAAAAGCAGAAAGUUGUGCCAGAGCUAUACACAUAUGGCGGUAAAGGGCCAGCUGGUGUCUACUAUCUUGCUGCAAAGCACAACAUCUGUUGGGGAGAUUUUGGUUAUGAAGGUUAAUCUGGUAGUUUGUAGACUUGUUCAUGAAUCCACAAGAAGUAAUUCCCUUUUCAUUCUGGUAUGAUUCGUAUUCUAGGCUUUCUCAUGAUGAAUCUCUAGUCUUUGAGCUUUGAUUGUGUGCAAGUGUUCGAUUAAGAUGUGAUAGUACAUGGCUCUGUCAAUGAAACUAGAGUUGGAAGAAUUUAUUUGUUCAUCCCU